UCCACUCUGCGCUGUCAUGGCUUGGUGUGAUCGUGGCGUUCAGAUUGUUUUUACGAGCCUGGGCGCGUUCGCAGCGAUCAGCCUGAUGACUGUUGCGAUCGGAACCGACUUCUGGCUUUACUCUAGAGCUCACAUCUGUAACACGACCAACGCAACAGAUGAAACACACACCAUGCAGCAGCCAAAGAAAACACGAGGAGAUCUCACGCAUUCUGGACUUUGGAGGAUCUGCUGUAUAGAAGGAAUCAACAAUGGAAGCUGUUAUUGGAUCAAUCAUUUUUCUGUGGAUGAUGACUAUGACACAGAAAGCUCAGAGUAUCUCCUCCGAUUAGUGCGAGCAUCCAGUCUCUUCCCCAUCCUGAGUACCAUCCUGCUUCUUUUGGGGGGACUUUGUGUUGGGGUGGGCCAAAUUUAUAGAAGCAGGAAUAACAUUCUCUUGAGUGCAGGAAUCUUAUUUGUAUCUGCAGGUCUUAGCAAUAUCAUCGGCAUCAUUGUUUACAUCUCCAGUAAUGCUGGAGACCCUAGUGAUAAGAAAGGAGAAGAUAAGAAAAGCCUGUACAGCUAUGGAUGGUCCUUCUACUCAGGUGUACUCUCCUUCAUUGUGGCCGAGGUCAUCGGUGUGUUGGUCGUCAACAUCUACAUUGAAAAGAACAAAGAGGCUCAUUUCAAACACUUUGAGUUUAUUAAAACUGUCCCUUCCCCUACAUCCUCUCCCUACACAAGCAUUCCGAGUUACCAUUACAGACAACAACGGUCCCAGUCCUGUUCACAGUCCAGAGAGCCAUCUAAAAACACUUCCCUUGCCACACUGAGCAUCACCGGCUCCUCAUUGCCUUUGGGGGACAUUUUAAUGUAUACGGUGGGGAGAGAACAUCCACUAAAGGCAGGUGCUUUGGCCUCCUUUAACACUGAUUUUGAACAUCCCAACUUUCUGCAAGUUCACAACCGUGUUUCUAAAGAUGUGAAGGACAGUCUGAAUCGCAGGAUCACUCCUGUGUAAAAAAUGCAGUUUGCAGUUACAUGAUACAUUUAUAA